GGGUAUCUGUAGUUUAACUGGAACUUCUUUUAAAAGUCACAAUCUGUAACUUGCAGUUAUUCCUGAGCUGCUGUACCAAUUUCACUUGACUAUAAUUUGAACAACACAUACAAUGUCGCAAGAUUUCGCGCCUCUAAAGAAUGACCUGUUGCUUCGCGCAGCAUGGGGUCAGACCGUUGAACGCCCUCCUAUGUGGGUGAUGCGACAAGCCGGUCGCUACCUACCGGAGUAUCACGAAGCCAAGGGUAACCGAGACUUCUUCGAAUGCUGCCGCGACCCUGAAGUCGCAACCGAAAUCACCCUCCAGCCUGUUCGCCGAUUCGCAGGUCUCAUCGAUGCCGCCAUCAUCUUCUCCGACAUUCUUGUCAUUCCCCAGGCAAUGGGUAUGACCGUUGAGAUGGUUGAGAAGAAGGGCCCUCACUUCCCGAACCCGCUCCAGAACCCCGACGACGGACAGUACGGCCAGGUGCUCGCUAAGAACGUCGAUGUUGCUGCUGAACUCGGCUACGUGUACGACGCUAUCACACUAACACGCCAGAAGCUUGAGGGACAGGUGCCCUUGAUUGGCUUCUGCGGCGCUCCCUGGACGCUGUUCUGCUACAUGGUCGAGGGUGGUGGCACCAAGCUGUUUGCGCAGGUCAAGACAUGGAUCUACAAGUAUCCUGAGGAGUCGAAGAAGCUUUUGGCCAAGAUUGCCGAUAUCUGCGUGGAUCAUCUGGCACUUCAAGUCAAGGCUGGUGCUCAGCUAGUGAUGGUCUUUGACUCCUGGGCAGGAGAGCUCGGCCCUUCUUCUUACCGUCAAUUCUCCGAGCCCUACUUGAAGCAAAUCGCCGAGAAGCUUCCCGCCAAGCUCCAGAGCCUCGGCUUGGAGAAGGUUCCCAUGACUGUGUUCCCCAAGGGUGCUUGGUACGCACUCGACUCUGCCUGCAACCUGGGUUAUAAUGUGGUUGGCAUGGACUGGUUGCAUGAUCCCAAGGAGGCUGUCAAGAUUCGAGGCGACCGCAACAUUGUGUUCCAGGGCAAUGCUGACCCAGGGGUAUUGUAUGGCACCAAGGAGGCUAUCACCAAGGCCGUGGAGGAGAUGGUAGAAGGCUUCUGGGUCGGAAACAAGGGCUGGAUUGCCAACCUUGGCCACGGAAUUACACCUGGCGUAAACCCUGAUCAUCUCAAGCACUACUUCGAGGAGAUUCACCGUUUGACCAAGAAGAACUAAUGGUCAAAUAUCAGUGUGUGCUGUGUUGAAGGCGUAUUUUGAGAUACCAUGUGUCUAUGCUGGGUUGAACAUCAAAGUAAAUAAGAGAGGGCAUAAGAAAAAGCAUUGUGGAGAAUACCAGUAGACACAAAAAUGUAACAUAGUAAAAUAGCAUGGCCAAGGAACUGAGAAAAAU